GAGAGAAUAAGAUUUUCCGAGAAACGCACAGAGAAAUUGCGAGAAAAGAAAAUUCCCAAAAACUGAAGGUGGACUCUGCGUCCUUUGCAAUCAAGAGAAAGAUGAAGAAUUGCGAGCUCUGCCGGCUUCCCGCGAGAAUCUUCUGCGAAUCGGACCAGGCGAUUCUGUGCUGGGACUGCGACGCCAAGGUUCACGGCGCCAAUUUCCUGGUGUCUCGCCACUCCCGGAGCCUCCUCUGCCACGGCUGCCAGUCUCCCACGCCGUGGAAGGCCUCCGGCGAAAAGCUCGGCCACACUUUUUCGGUGUGCGAGAGCUGCGUUCUCCCAGACGGAGGCAGAGACGACGACGACGAGAGCCAGGGCGGCAAUGAUGAGGAAUUCGAUUCGGAUAACGAUGAGAUUGACGACGACGAUGACGACGACGACGAUGAGGAUGUUGAUUUCGAUGAGGACGGGGAUAAUCAGGUGGUGCCGUUGUCUUCGACGGCGACGCCGCCUCCGCCGACUUCAAGCGCAUCGAGCAGCGAGCAGUCUGCGACUGCUUUCAACAAUGGUGAUGGAGGUGAUUCCAAAACCGCCACCGCCGUUACGUUGAAGCGAUUCAGAGAAACCGCGUCGGAUCUUCGCUCCCAGAUCGCCGAUCUCGACCGCUCAUGUCCUCACCAGAGGUGUGGCUCCGCUAAGGCUGCUCGAGCGGGUCCGUCGGAACGCAACGGCGGAGCCACUUCGGUUGACUCAUCGAGACCUCAAAAAGACCGGAGAAUCGACCUAAACCGGCCGGCUUCUCCGUCCUAGCCCGUUAUUGAGCCCCCGAGGAGUUUUCGCCGGCUAGGCAAUCCGUAACCUUUAAUGAAGGAUCUGAAGCCGUCGAUCUUGACCGUAGCCGUCGUAGCCGUCGGAUAUGAGGUAGCUUAUGAUGGAUAAUUCUUUUUAAUUACCUAACAACAGUUUGAACUCAACUGAUCCUUAUUAGAGCACUAGUUAAAUUUGUAUUAGUCAGACAAUUUGUUUAAUAUUCUCCUUGUUUAUGUCGUGCCAUUAUUUUAUAAAAACACUACUUUGUAAUUUGUAGGAGAGGUUGAUUUUUUUUUCUU